UUGAGAUAUGCAUGAGAAAUCCACCACCUGGCAUUUGGAUAUAUAACAAGUCACCAUCUUUCCCGCCUAUUUAUAUUCUGUAUGAAUUCUUCUUGUUCUGCAUUUCAUGCAAAAAUGGCUGUCCUUCAGUGCCAAUUCAUAAUUGCCUAUCAUUCACGCUCCACAACUCCAUUGAACAAGAAGCAUUUUUGUAGCAAAAAGUGUUUUCGGCCUUCUGGUCAUCGUCUCGGAACUGGAAUUAGAAUUGCACCCACACAAUCCCAGCAAUUGCCAGGAUACCCAUUAAAAGUGUGGAACGCAAUUGAAACUCCUUCAAUCCCAAGGUCUAUUCAUGAUAUACCGAAUGGUGAUCAUAUUCUUGGCUUUGGGGCAAACUUAGCAAAAGAUCAUCCAGGAUAUCAUGAUGAGGAGUACAAGAGAAGGCGGUCAUCUAUAGCAGAUAUGGCUAAGAAACACAAAAUAGGAGAGCAGAUUCCUGCCAUUGAAUAUACCACCGAAGAAAUUGAUGUUUGGGGGCAGGUUCUUACAAAGCUUAGUGCUUUGUACCCGACUCAUGCUUGCAAGGAGUAUUUAGAAUCAUUUCGUCUUUUCAACUUUUCUCCUAAUAGAAUUCCUCAAUUAGAAGAGCUCUCACAGAUUACUGGACAUCACACUGGAUGGAAAAUAAGACCUGUUGCAGGGCUGUUGCACCCACGUCAAUUUUUGAAUGGGCUGGCUUUUAAAACAUUCCACUCAACACAGUAUAUCCGUCAUCCUAGCAAUCCAAUAUACACUCCUGAACCUGACAUUUGUCAUGAGAUUCUUGGUCACGUACCAAUGCUUGCACACCCUGACUUUGCUCAACUCGCUGAACUCAUUGGGUUAGCAUCAUUAGGGGCAUCUGAUAAAGAAAUCUGGCAUCUCACAAAGCUAUAUUGGUACACUGUUGAAUUCGGAACAAUCCUAGAAGAUGAUGGUGUGAAAGCAUUUGGAGCUGGUUUGCUAUCUAGUUUUGGAGAGAUUCAACACAUGAAAUCUGGAAAGCCAAUAUUUCAGGACCUUGACCCAUUUGCUAAGCUACCCAAGAUGAGUUACAAGGACGGAUUUCAGAACAUGUAUUUCUUAUGUCACAGCUUUUCAGAUGUUUCAGCAAAAAUUCAAUCCUAUCUGGAAACGAUUCAGUCUGCCAAUUAAUAACAUCUAUUGGACAAACCUCGCCAUUAUCUUUGAAGUUGAAAUGGAUCUAACAUCUAAUAUAAAACCAUCCAUCCUAGGUCUGUAUGGAAACGUCUCAUUCAAAUGCAGCAGCCUUGUUUAAGCUCACCUUUUACUCAGUUGAUGUAGAAAUUGUAUAGAAAUUAAAAGCACUUUCCCUUAGUCAUUCAUAAAGGGAGAGAGGAAUUGGAACUCUGUACAUAAAAUUACUGUGCCUUCUAAGCUUGAGCAGGGACUUUUCAUUGAGGUCGAUUUUUGACCUUCCUGCUAUUUUUCAAUAAAUCAAAUUGAAUAUUAUGUUAUGAUUUU